AUGUAUGAGAAGUUAACCAUGCUGAACCUGCAGAGUGGCUCAAACUGGAGCGGGCCUAACAACUGGUACCAUGACCCCACUGGCGUGCAGACACAACACAGCACAGUGUCUGAGGGCUGUCUACUGGACACGGACGGCAGCAUGGGGGGAGAGGCGGGGGGCGGAGGAGCGGGCAGAGGGGGAGGAGUCCCUGUUGAGAGAGAUGAGGGCGAGGAGUCUCAGCUGAGGUUGCAGCUCAAGAGGAAACUGCAGAGGAACAGGACCAGCUUCACACAGGAGCAGAUCGAGGCUCUGGAGAAAGAGUUUGAAAGGACACAUUACCCAGAUGUCUUUGCGAGGGAGAGAUUGGCAAACAAGAUUGAUUUACCGGAGGCCAGGAUACAGGUCUGGUUCUCAAACAGAAGAGCCAAGUGGAGGAGGGAGGAGAAGCUGCGUAACCAAAGGAGGUCAGGAGGUGUGACUUCCUGUUCACAGAGCCAAGCCCCGCUGACCACCUCCUUCAACACAUCUGUCUAUCAUCAGCAGCACGGCAGCAGUUCAGGGUCCAUGUUGAGUCAGGCUGAGUCGUCCCUGCCCAGCUACAGCUCCUUGUCAGUUUUCUCAUCUGGAGUCCAGUCUAUUCCUCCACAGUCAGCCUCAUCCUAUUCCUGCAUGUUACCUCCGUCCCCCUCUGCCCCGCGCAGCUUUGACUCAUCAGCGUACUCCUCCCCUCAUCUGCAGACUCCGUCCUCGGCCAACUCUAACACCGGGCUCAUAUCACCUGGCGUUUCGGUACCGGUGCAGGUUCCAGGAAGUGAGCAGCAAAGCAUGAGUCAGAACCUGGGUCAAUACUGGGCCAGAUUACAGUGA